AUGAGAAGUCCAAUUGUUGAAUUUUACACUGGAAAAACUGUGUUUAUCACAGGAGCAACAGGUUUUAUGGGAAAAGUUCUUUUAGAAAAAUUAAUCAGGAGUAUACCCGAUAUUAAGAAAAUCUACAUUUUAUUACGACCCAAAAAAGGUUACACUCCCGAAGAAAGAAUUAAGCAAUUAACGAAAAGCGCUAUUUUCACCUUUAACGAUUUAAACGAAAAAGCCAACAAAAAAAUUGAAGCGGUUUGCGGGGAUAUAACCAAAGAAGGUUUUGAUAUGUCCCUAAAUGAUAGGGAAAAAUUAGUUGAUGAAGUAUCCGUUGUGUUUCACAUCGCCGCUUCCGUUCGCAUGGACCUUUCAUUAAAAGAAGCUGUUAUUACAAAUACUAAAUCAACUUACGAGUUGUUUAAAUUUUGUAUGAACAUGAAAAAUUUGCAAUCGGUUGUUCAUUUAUCCACCGCUUAUUGCAACGUUGAAAUUGAGAAUAUGGAGGAGAAAGUGUACCCAAUUGAUGUUGAUCCAUACAAGAUUAUUGAUAUGGUGGAGUGGAUGGAUGAAAAGUGCUUAAAUGUUAUUACUAAAAGGUUAUUAGGUCCUCAUCCAAAUACUUAUACGUUUACUAAACGACUUGCUGAAAUUAUAGCCGUUGAUAUGGGUGAUAAAAUACCAUUAAUUAUAACAAGACCAUCAAUUGUUGUUCCUUCUUUGUCUGAACCAACGCCUGGUUGGGUUGAUAAUUUUUAUGGCCCCAUGGGAAUGUUUGUAGCGAGUGCAAAAGGGAUUUUGAAAUCAGGUUUAGUGGAUGGCGAUAGUGUACCGGAAGUUAUUCCCGUGGAUUUCGCCAUAAAUAGCGUGAUAUGUUGUGGAUACGAAAGAGCAAAGAACAAUUAUUUAUCAACGCCUACAAUAAACAUAACUAAUAGAUUUCCAUACACUUGGCGUUAUAUAACUGAUGUAUUUGUUGCAACAGCGCGUAAAGAACCAUUCAAACAUGCUCUUUGUUUGGUUACCAUUCAAAAACGCCUCAUGUUAUCAAUGCAAACUGUGCGGCACUUUACAGUCAGAAAAUGGACAUUUGAUAACAGCAAAUGUAUUAAACUAGAAGAAAAACUAGACAAAGCUGAUAAGGAAAUAUUUUACGGUGUAAUAACCAAAGAUGUAGAUUUAAAGGAAUACGCUGUUAACAGUUACAAUGCGGUUAAGAAACAUUUGUUAAACGACGAUUCGAAGAACAUUGAGCUAUACCGCUUACGGAACAAAAUGUAA